AUUUACGAAUUUGGUGUAAUCUAAUCUGAUCUGCCAAGUUACACAGGAGGUGACGUUCAGAAGAAACAAAGGCCAAAGCCCUGCAGAGGUCAGAGAAGAACGAGAAACUACUCAUGGAGGAAAACAAGAAGUGCAAGAGGGAAAUUGCAAAUCUUGUUGAAAAAAAUUCAAAACUAGGAAAGGAGAAUGGCUGGCUUAAAGAAAAACUAAAAAUGCACGACUCUUCAGAAAACAAACUAAAAGUCUUGCAAGACACCAUUGCAGACUUGCAGAAACAACAACUAGAAAAGGACAAAAGUCUGACCAGAAUUCAAGAGCAAAACAUGGCUCUUCAAAAGGAAAUCCAGACACUUUAUGACAAAAAUGCCAUUCAGACUACAUGGCAAGAGCAGCAAGCAAAAGAUCUUGAAGGUUUUGAGAAGUUAAAAAAAGAAGCUAAAAUAAUGACUUCAGAAAUAAAUGACUUAAAGCAUCAAAAUGGAGAUCUUAAAAAGAAAGAUCAGCAAAACCAAAAUAAGAUUCAGGAACUGCAGAACCUCAUACAGAAUGAGUGCACAAAGAGUAUGAAUGUUCAGACAUCAUCAGACAGCAGACAUCGUUUGUCUGAAAAGUCUUUGGCAGCUUUAAACGAUACAGUAGAGAGCUUACAAAGAGAAAAAGAUGGAGUCCUGGGUGAACUGAACACAUGUAGAAAACAAGUAAAGUCGUUUGAAAAAGACAUUGGAACGCUGACAGAAGAGAUUCAGAGAGAGGAAAUGAACAAUAAAGAGUUGUCAGAGUUACUUGGCAUGAAAACCUCAGUGAGUGACAAACUCCAGGCAGAACUGCAGGCCAAAAAUGCACAGAUAGAAAGUCUGGAGCAAGAGGCUGUAAAAGCCAGGAAAAUCAUAGACAGGCUGCAGCUGCAAUUAGACAAACUCCAUCUUGAAAUAGAAAAUUAUCAGAAGAGAAAUGUGGCGUCGACUCUGUGUUUGAAGAAGGAAAUGAAAGCAAGGGAAGAAAAUGAACGUAAGCUCUUGACCGAAGUUUUAACCCUUAAGAAUCAGAUUGAACAGACUGAUGGCAGAUUCUUUAAUGUUCAAACAGAUCUCAGUAAAUCUGAAAAAGAAAUUGCUUCACUCAAGGAGCUCAACGUGACCUUAGAUCGUGAGAUCAUUGUACUUAAAGCAGAGCUGGAAGAUGUGAGAUGUGAGAAUCAGUCUUUAAAUGAUCGACUGGAGCAGGUUAGGAAGCAAAUGGAGGAGACAGAAGCAAGAGGCAAGGAGGAACUUCUGGUUGUUCAUGGGGAACUGACUAAGGUUAGGGACAUGGUGUCAGUUACAGAGGUAGAAAGGCAAAGACUUGCCAAAGAACUAGAGGGCCGUGAACAGGUUGAUUUACUCAAAGACAGAACGUUAAAGCAACUAGAAAAUGAAAAGUCUAUGGUGGAAGACAAGAUAAUAAAACUAACUGAGGAAAACAGCAAUCUCCUAGAGGCGAAUAAGAAACUGAGGCAGUUUGAAGAGUGUUGGGUGUCUGUCCUCAAUUCAAUAAUUGGAAAAAAAGAUUAAGAUUCUCAUUCUACGAAAACCACCAAAGGAGCAAUACAUAAUAGGAUUUUUUUUUUACAUGCAUCAGUAAACACA